AUGGGUGUCUCUGCGCUGAGUGCCUCGGGACUCCUGGGCAGAAGCUCUGGGCUCCUGCAGGUGGUCUCCCUGCUCUGUCUGGUCCUGCUGCUGCUCAAGGCAGCCCAGCUCUACCUGCACAGGCAGUGGCUGCUCAGAGCUCUCCAGCAGUUCCCGUCCCCUCCUUCCCACUGGCUGUUGGGGCAUAGCCGCGAGUUCCAAAAAGACGAAGAGCUACUACAGAUUCAGAAAUGGGUAGAGAAAUUCCCGUCUGCCUGUCCUCGCUGGCUAUGGGGGAGCAGGGCCACCCUCGUGGUUUAUGACCCUGACUACAUGAAAGUAAUCCUGGGAAGGUCAGACCCAAAGUCUCAGGAUGCGUACAGAUUACUGGCUCCCUGGAUUGGGUAUGGUUUGCUCCUGCUGGACGGGCAGACAUGGCUGCAGCACAGGCGGAUGCUGACCCCAGCCUUCCACUAUGACAUCCUGAAGCCCUAUGUGGGGCUCAUGGCUGACUCUGUCCGAGUGAUGCUGGACAAAUGGGAGGAGCUCAUCAGCCAGGACUCCCACCUGGAGAUCUUUGAACACGUCUCCUUGAUGACCCUGGACACCAUCAUGAAGUGCGCCUUCAGCCAGAAGGGCAGUGUCCAGACAGACAGGAACUCCCAGUCCUACAUCCAGGCCAUUGCAGAUAUAAAAGAGCUCUUCUAUUCUCGAUUGAGAAAUUUCUUCUACCAGAAUGACAUCAUCUACAGGCUGACUCCUGAGGGCCGCAGGAGCCACCGGGCCUGCCAGUUUGCCCAUCAACACACAGACCAAGUGAUCAAGAAGAGGAAGGUGCAUCUGCUAGAGGAUGAAGAGCUGGAGAAGGUCAAGAGAAAAAGGCACUUGGAUUUUCUGGACAUCCUCCUCUUUGCCAGAAUGAAGAAUGGGAGCAGCUUGCCUGACAAGGACGUCCGUGCGGAAGUGGACACGUUCAUGUUCGAGGGCCAUGACACCACAGCCAGCGGCAUCUCCUGGAUCCUCUAUACUCUGGCCGCACACCCCGAGCAUCAGCAGAGGUGCCGCGAGGAGAUUCAGGGUCUCCUGGGGCAUGGCGACUCCAUAACCUGGGGUCACCUGGAUCAGAUGCCCUACACUACCAUGUGCAUCAAGGAGGCACUACGACUCUAUCCGCCUGUACCAGGUAUAGGCAGAGACCUCAGCAAGCCCGUCACCUUCCCUGAUGGACGCUGCCUGCCCAGAGGAAUCCAAGUCUCACUUUCUAUUUAUGGCCUUCACCACAAUCCGAAGGUGUGGCCCAACCCAGAGGUGUUUGACCCUUCCCGUUUUGCACCGGAUUCUAAUACACACAGCCAUGCUUUCCUGCCCUUCUCAGGAGGAUCAAGGAACUGCAUUGGGAAGCAUUUUGCCAUGAACGAGCUGAAGGUGGCUGUAGCCUUGACCCUGCUUCGCUUUGAGCUGGCCGUGGAUCCUCUCAGGGUCCCCAUACCCCAAGCAGUAGUCGUGUUGAGUUCCAAGAAUGGGAUCCACCUGCAACUCAAGAAGCUCCUGUAG